AUGCUCCGCCUCUCGCGGCGCAUCCCCGCCAGCUCGCGCAACCCCCUCGCCCUCCUCGCCUCGUCCCGCGCCAUCCACGCAACGAGCAGGGCCAGCGCAGACGUCACGCUCGAGAUUGACGGCGUACCGGUCACUGUACCCCAGGGAACCGCACUCAUCCAGGCGUGCGAGAAGGCCGGCGCCACCAUCCCCCGAUUCUGCUACCAUGACCGCCUGAACAUCGCCGGCAACUGCCGCAUGUGCCUCGUCGAGGUCUCGCCCGGUCCCCCCAAGCCUCAGGCUUCCUGCGCUCUCCCCGCCAUGCCUGGGCAGAAGGUCAAGACCAACUCGCCGACGGUGCACAAGGCGCGCGAGGGCGUCAUGGAGUUCCUCCUCGCCAACCACCCUCUCGACUGCCCCAUCUGCGACCAGGGUGGCGAGUGCGACCUGCAGGACCAGUCGAUGCGGUACGGCUCGGACCGGACGCGGUUCCACGAGAUCACGGGCAAGCGCGCGACCGAGGACAAGAACCUUGGCCCGCUCAUCAAGACGUCGAUGAACCGCUGCAUCCACUGCACCCGCUGCGUCCGUUUCGCAAACGAGGUUGCCGGCGUUCAGGACCUCGGCACGAGCGGCCGCGGAAACGACAUGCAGAUCGGUACCUACAUCGAGAAGACGAUCAACUCGGAGAUGUCGGGCAACGUUAUCGACCUGUGCCCCGUCGGAGCGUUGACGUCCAAGCCGUACGCGUUCGAGGCUCGCCCGUGGGAGCUCAAGAAGACCGAGUCGGUCGACGUCCUCGACGCUGUCGGCUCGAACAUCCGCGUCGACUCGCGCGGCCUCGUCGUCAUGCGCGUCGAGCCCCGCCUCAACGACGACAUCAACGAGGAGUGGAUCUCGGACAAGACCCGCUUCGCGUACGACGGUCUCCGCACCCAGCGCCUCAACACCCCUCUCGUCCGUGUUGGCGACCGCUUCCAGCCCGUCACCUGGCAGAACGCCCUCGGCGCGAUCAAGGACGGCCUCGCGUCGUCCGGCGCAAAGGGCAACGAGAUCCAGGCUGUUGCCGGCUCGCUCGCCGACUCCGAGUCGCUCGUCGCGCUCAAGGACCUCGUCAACCGUCUCGGAUCGGACAACACGGCUCUCGACCAGCCUCUCGGCCAGGCUCCGCCCGCACACGGUGUCGAUCACCGCGCAGCGUACACCUUCGGCUCGUCCAUCGCCGGCGUCGAAUACGCCGACCGCGUCUUGCUCAUCGGCACUAACCCUCGCCACGAGGCUGCGAUCCUCAAUGCCCGCCUGCGCAAGACCUGGCUCCGCAACGAGACCGACUGCGCCCUGAUCGGCGAGCAGUUUGACUCGACUUUCGGCUACGACCACCUCGGCGCGGACGCCAAUGCUGUCCGUGAUGUCUUGAGCGGCAAGAAGGGCGACUGGGCCAAGCAGCUCAAGGAGGCCAAGCGCCCCAUGAUCAUCGUCGGCUCGGCCGUCACCGAGCACGAGGACGGCGCAAAGGUCUUUGCCGAGGUCGCCAAAUUCGUCGAGGCCAACAAGGACAAGUUCGUUACACCCGAGUGGACUGGCUACAACGUCCUCCAGCGUGCCGCCUCGCGGACAGCUGCGUACGACAUCGGCUUCGUUCCCUCCGCCUCGGCGGGCAAGACCAAGCCCAAGUUCGUCUACCUCCUCAACGCCGACGAUUUCUCCCCCUCGUCGAUCCCGCGCGACGCCUUCGUCGUUUACCAGGGUCACCACGGCGAUGUCGGUGCGCAGUACGCCGACGUCGUCCUCCCCGGCUGCGCCUACACCGAGAAGAGCGUCACCUGGGUCAACACCGAGGGACGCACUCAGCUCGGUCGCGCGGCUGUCCCCCCUCCCGGUGCCGCAAGGGAGGACUGGAAGAUCAUCCGUGCGCUGAGCGAGGUGUUGGGCGAGACGUUGCCGUAUGACGACACGGGCGCGUUGAGGGACCGCAUGUGGGAUGUCUCGCCGACGCUCGUGCGGUACGGCGAGCUCGAGAAGCCGAGCAGCGUGUUGGAGGCGGUUCAGGCGCUGAGGAAGCAGGGUGAGAGGGAGGCGGGCAAGAGGAACGGGCUUGGCGGACGGAAGGGCGAGUUCAAGAAGUUGUUUGACAGCUUCUACAGGACUGACCCCGUCAGUCGGAACUCGGUUACGAUGGGACAGUGUGUAAAGACGUUCGAGCAGGGCAUCGACGGCGUCGAGAAGCCCGUCAUCGGCGACGACGGCAUGGCGCAGGCUGGCCACCACCCUGCACGAGCGUAG